AUGGCUCCCAUUUCAAAUUACGAAAAGGUCGAGUUCAAGACAAUUGAUGGCACUACUCUUAGAGGAUGGCUGUAUGCAGCAAAUGAACGAGGACCGACCAUCAUCAUGACUCCCGGCUUCAACUGUGUGAAGGAAAUGCUCUUGCCUGAAGUUGCAGAGAAAUUCCAGUCACUCGGGUAUACAGCACUUAUUUACGAUCCGCGGAGUAUCGGCGACAGCGACGGACUUCCUCGAAAUCAAAUCGACCCUCUCAAGCAAAUCGAGGACCUCGCCGACAUUGUGACCUAUGUAACCACGCUUCCCAGUGUCGAUCCGCGUCUCAUAUCACUUUGGGGCAUGUCAUUCGGGGGAACUAUUAGUGCAUGUGCCACUGCCGUUGAUCGUCGAGUGAAAGCACUGGUCAUGGUCUGCCCUAUUCUGACCUUCUUCAAGCCGGAAAAGCGUGAAAAGGCCUUUGCCCAGUUGAUCAAAGACCGGCAAUCCCAACUGCGUGGUAAUGAAGCCUUCACCCUUCCACCAUUCAACAAUAAGGGCGAGAAUCCAAUUGGAAUGGCCGGCUCGGGUGGCCCAGGCGGAGUUGAAGCCAAAGGAUUCAUGAAUGCCGUUAUCGACCGGGGUGCGCCAAAUUUCCGAAACCGCAUUACCCUCCAAAGCUAUUACAAGUUAGCCAUGUGGCAGCCCAAGGAGUUGCUAAAAAUGAUUGAUGUCACCCCUGUCAUGAUGGUUACGCCGGAGCUCGAUGCCAUGUCACCUCCGAAUGAGCAAAUUGAAGCUUUUGAAAAAUUUGAGCAACCAAAGAGAUUCUUCUUGGCGAAAGGGAAAGGGCAUUUGACUGUGCUAAGUGGGGAAGGUUCGGAUGAGAUCUUGGAUUCUCAGAUUGAUUUCAUCAAGUCCGCAUUUGAGGGAACCCUGGAAACCACUCGCUAA